AUGGGAAAAGAUAUCAACACAUUUCAUUUGGUAGAUAAUGAUGUUGGUUUUGAUGAUGACCAAAUUGAAUCUAGGCUGAUCAAUGAUGAAUUAACAAUCAUAAUUUCAGAAGAAGAUCUCUUAGCCUCAUCAACUCUUAAUCAUCAACAACAAAAUGCAUACAAUGCAAUCUUGCAAAAAGUAUUUAGAAAUCAACCUGGUGCAUUUUUUAUUGAUGGUACGGGUUGUACAGUAAAACCAUACAUAUAUAAAGCACUCAUUGCAACAGUCAGAUCAAAACAAUUAAUUACGCUUGCAAUUGCAUCAUAUAGCAUUGCUGCAUCUAUUUUUCCUAGAGAUCAGACAGCACAUUCACGAAUCAAAAUUUCGCUCGAUAAAAAUGCUGCAUGUAGUGUUAGCAAACAUGGUGGUUUCGCACGAUUGAUACAGCUUGCAAGAUUAAUUAUAUGGGACGAAACACCUAUGUCCAGGAAAGAAUCUAUUGAAGCAUUGGAUAAAAUGUUGCGAAAUAUCAAUAAUUCAGAAUUAACAUUCGGUGGCAAAGUUAUUGUAUUUGGAGGAGAUUUCCGUCAAGUUCUGUCUGUGGUUCGUAAAGGUAUAAGUCAAGAACAAAUUGAUGCCAGUUUCAUACUUAUGGACCACACUGAGUAA